AUGUUUUACAUUUCACCGAGUUCUCUUUGCAGUGUGCUGCUUAUAGCGUGGAUUUCUUCAAGUCAGACAUUGGCUCAAAGUUUCAAAGCUAAUUGCGCUGAACUGUACGUGGCUGGCCAAAAUACCAGCGGUAUCUACAAAAUUGACCCUGAUGGUUUAGGUGCCUUUGAUGUGUAUUGUAACCAGACAGCGGCUGCUGGAGGAUGGACAGUGAUCCAGAGAAGACUGGACGGCUCUGUCAAUUUUCAUCGUAGCUGGUGUGACUACAAGCAAGGUUUCGGUGAUUUGAGUGGCGAGUUUUGGCUAGGACUGGACAAAAUAAACCGUCCUACUAGGGACACAACGAACCGGCUUCGAGUAGAUCUGGAAUAUAAUCUCAAUAGCAUUAUUCAUCGUCCUCACGCCGAGUACGACUUGUUUCGCGUUGAAUCGGAAUUGGAAAAUUAUGCUUUGAUUAUUGGAGGGAUGCCCGAAUGUUUUCUCUAUCGUUAUAGAAAGUAUCUAAAUUUGAUAUAUUGA